AUGGUCUCAGAGGCCCAUGUCACCGCAUCACCACGCCUUGCCGCCGCCCCUGCCUCCCCUGCCGACCCCGGAAUGGCCGACGUCUCAGAUGUCACCAUUGGUGACUCUCCGGCGGAAUCAUUUUCCGGCGACCCGCGAAAGUACGUGUCUCAUGCGUGCGAGGCCUGCCGGUUCAGGCGAUCCAAGUGUGAUGGCAAGCUCCCAACCUGCUCGACCUGCAAAAAGCGGCGGACAGGAUGUACAUACUCGGAAAUCGACCGACGGAGAGGCAAGCUGAAGAAGCACGAGACAGAUGCCUUGCUCCAGCAGGUUCGGUCGCUUCAGGAUAUCAUCUCGACUUUGCAGAUCGCCUCAGAUGAGGAUGCCCAGGCCUUGCUUAAGAAGAUCCGCCGGGACCAGACCGAGCUCAUCGAUUCUGUAUCACUUUUCGAUGGACCUUCGCCCGUCAGCGAGACCUUAGCAGACUACCGGCAGUCUCAGGAAAGGGACCUCAAACCAGCCGUUGAUAUCCAUGUGCCGGCUUCCCAUAUCUAUACACCGGAGAAUUUGCCGCCGGAAGGACUGAUCAAACACACUCUUGAGACAUAUCUCAACUGCUGUUCCACUCUGUUCUACAUCCUCCAUGAGCAGGACGUCAACGACAUCCUCAAACGCAUGUAUGUGUCCAAGGAUCCCGUCGAUACUGCCACUCUAGGUGAAGUCUGCGCGGUGGCCGCGAUUGGAAGUCACUACGAUCCUGACAAUGUGCCGCUAUCGGUCAUGGAAGCGCUGUACCGGACUGCUUCGGUCUACAUGCAUGACUGCAUCGAAAAUGAUUUCUUGCGUGGUAUGAGGACGCUGCUCUGCCUGAGCAUGUACUCUUUCAUGACAAAGAGGUCCAGCGCUCGACUCUCCAUCGCGUCUGGCUUACAGAUAGCCCGCUGGGUGCGUCUGCACCGACAAGUGGCUUCUGAUGAUUGGCAACUCUGGAGAAGAGUGUAUCGGACUCUGGUAUUCAUGGAAUGUUGGCUAUCCUCAAGUCUCGGAUACCGAUGGAACCUCAGCGAUGAGGAGGUGAAGUUCACUCAACUCGAGAUUGUCGAGCCUGUGCCGACCCUUGACAACGCCAUCCAAGCGCAGAUGAGCGCGGUCGGCAUACUGUUGGCGAACAUUCUAAAAGACGUCUACCGGUCGAGCUCCGUUGUCUUCUCCAUUGUGAGGAAACACUCGACCAUCCUGGAAGACUGGCGGCGCUCGCUACCCGCACCUAUGCAGCUCUCAUCCAUCCUUGACCCAGGAUUUUCGGGCGGUGCUGGACUUGAAGAGAGGCAUCGAAGAUCCCUGAUGCUGGUACACAUCAUGGGGUUUGGAGCCCAGAUCCUGUUACAACGCCGCCUCCUCGUGGCCAUGGCGGACUGUGAGAUGAACAAGCGCUGGACUCUGGACGGGUCACGCGAAGAAGGCGCCUCUAUUCGACAGGAAUGUGUGGCGGCAGCCAAAUCUUGCGUCCAGCUCUUCGAUUGUCUAGGCUACACCACAGCGAGCAUGUUCCGACGAUGUUGGCUAUGCAUUGGCCACGCCUUCAGCGUCUCCAGCGUUCUUUUAUUCGAAGCUGCACACAAUCUCCUAUACGGAGUCAGCAACGGGGUCGACGAACUCCUGACUCAAUGUCAAAAGUGCAUCGAUGUCCUUCAAGGCUGCAGCCUGGCCGACCGUGUCGCGAGAACAAUGCUGGACAUCGUCCUUCCAUUACACCAGGAUCUUCAGGGUCUGGCCAACGCGGACUCGAAACAAAACCGUCAAAGUGGAAUCUACAACCUGCUGCAGAACCCCCACUCGGUGCCUUUGUCGUUCCAGAAGCCUCAUUCGGACAAUCAUGGCUCGGAUAGCAUCAUGGCCGAGUCAGACAGCAACACUGCUCCGCGGAUUCGUGCUGCUGCCAUUCCAGCCAUGCAGAAAGCGAUCGACGUCCUGGGUAAUCCAUUUGGCCAUCCUCGACGACUCAACAUCGAGAGCUUCUCCCCGGGCGACCCGGACGUCCCUAGCUGGUGGAAUUAA